AUGUUCACAUUUCGUUCAAUUCGAAUGGAUUUUCGUCUUCUUUCUUUUCCUCCUUCAGUUCGCCUCCUCCAUAUGCGCCAUAUGCUCCCUCAUUUCCUCUCGCCAGUGGAGCUUUUCUUGACAUACGCCGUCUACUUACGCUCCAGCUACCUACCACUAACAGAGGCUGUGCCGUACCAUUUGGAAACUCAACUUCAAUGUGGAAAGUAG